GAGGGAGACAAGGAAGAACCCAGAGGGGUUGGAUUGGAAUUGGAGAAACUGGUAUAAGUCACGAUUUCGUGUAUUCACAGACACAACAGCCCUCCCCCACGGCACACACACAAAAUAGUGAGUGUUAAGGUUAUGAAAUCCUAACUAGUAAAACAUGUAUUUUUCUAUAGGUAAUAGUUAUGUCCUGGCACCUCAUUAGCAAUGAGCACUCUUCUUGUGCGGGUCUUGGUUGCUAGAUUCUGUUGCACAUUGAAGGAACUAGGAAUACUUUGAAGAAAUGACUGAUUCCAGUGGGGCCAGGAUGGGGAGAAAUACAAGAUAAGCCGGGAGCGCGGAGCGAGUUCUCGCGAUACAAAGUAAGCAAUCGGACAUAAUGGGAACAUAGGAAACAUGCAGGUGCCAACUCGAAGGAGUACAGGUGGUCAAAUCUGGAACAAAGGUAAGCCUCAAACGAAGGUGGAUGUUCCAUGGAACAAAAUAGCAAUCUGUGAUUCAACGCCGAUGGUAAGUAAAUAAGCAACUGAAUACGAGUGUUAGGGCCCCGGGGCCUCCUGACAGAGGAGCACAAACAAGGUGACUUACAAGAUGGAGAUGUCCAUAGAAAAUGAAGAGGUCAAGGUCAGCAGCCUGGCCUCCCUCGGGAGUCUCUGAAGGAGGAUCCUGUUUUGUCUCUUCUAGCUCCCGGUGGCUCCCGGGGCCCCUUGUCUCGUGGCCCCAUCAGCUUGCUCUUUUUUCCACUUUUACGUGGCCGCCUUUCCUUUGUGACUGUGUGUGUCCCUUCCUCUUCCUGUGAGGACACCUGUCGUUGGGUUUAGGCCUGCUUUAAAUCCAGGAUGAUUUUGUCUCGGGAUCCGGCACUCGUUACUUCUGCAGACUGCUUCUCGAUAGGGUCACAUUUGAAGUUCCAGGAGGAUAUGAAUUUUGGGGACACUAUUUAACCCACUGUGUUACAUAAAUAAAUGGAAGGGAUGGGGGAAGGGAGGGCACUUCCUUACAGCAAAAUGCCAACUCAUACAUGUGCGGUGAGUAGGAAGAAUCACUCUUGGCCACAGUAAUUGUAGAGAUGGGUUUGGCCAAGAGUCCUCAAUGAGUGCUGACUCUAAUUAAAAGAGGCCAUGCGUGGGGCGCCUGGGUGGCUCAGGCCGUUAAGCGUCCGACUCAGGCUCAGGUCACGAUCUCGCAGUUCGUGGGUUCGAGCCCCGCGUCGGGCUCUGUGCUGACAGCUCGGAGCCUGGAGCCCGCUUCGGGUUCUGUGUCUCCCUCUCUCUCUGCCCCUCCUCCUCCCAUAAAAUAAAUGAACAUUUAAGAAAACGUUUUAUAAAAGAAGCCAUGCUUCGUGGGGAGCAGGAAAUGUUCGUGGGGAAAAGUUAUUUCCCCCCAGAGCCCUCACUUGCAAGGGGACAGUUAGUGACAAGACCGGAGACAUGGGAUGUCACCCUGACUGGGUGAUCAAGGCUCACGCCACCAGGGCGGGCAGAGAGACAUCACCCUUCUGCGAAGGGCAUCCCUGGGGUUGCAUCUGAGCUCGGGGUUGAAAAAGCUGAGUUUGAUGGUGAUGCAAACCAGCAAGCCCAGCUGGAGGGGCACUUUAUGAAAGACUUGGCUUUGCGUAGAAAAGGUCAGUGUCGUGAAGGAUGAAAACGGCUGCGGGACGGGUCCAGCUUGAAGGAGACUCCAGGAAGGGACAGCGUAUGCAGAGUAUGAGUCCAUACGGGUCCGUGCUACAGCAAAAACACGCCGAUGUGGCUGUUGUUGGAAUGUGGGGGGAAAUGGAGGUUCCGGACCCGAAUGACCCUCUGGGAGAGCUGGAUGGACAGGACGGCCCUAUUCCAACUCUGAAAGGCUACUUUCUGAAUUUUCUGGAGCCGGUGAACAACAUCACCAUAGUGCAAGGCCAGACGGCCAUCCUGCACUGCAAGGUGGCCGGAAACCCGCCCCCCACCGUGCGGUGGCUGAAGAACGAUGCCCCGGUCGUGCAGGAGCCGAGGCGCAUCAUCAUCCGCAAGACGGAGUACGGUUCUCGGCUGCGCAUCCAAGAUCUGGACACGACAGACACGGGCUACUACCAGUGUGUGGCCACCAACGGGGUGAAGACCAUUACCGCCACCGGCGUCCUGUUCGUGCGGCUCGGUCCAACACACAGCCCAAAUCAUAACUUUCAAGACGACUACCACGAGGACGGAUUCUGCCAACCUUACCGGGGGAUCGCCUGUGCGCGCUUCAUCGGGAACCGGACCAUUUAUGUGGACUCCCUCCAGAUGCAGGGAGAGAUUGAAAAUCGAAUCACAGCGGCCUUCACCAUGAUCGGCACGUCCACGCACCUGUCGGACCAGUGCUCGCAGUUCGCCAUCCCCUCCUUCUGCUACUUCGUGUUCCCGCUGUGCGACGCGCGCUCCCGGGCGCCCAAGCCCCGCGAGCUGUGCCGGGACGAGUGCGAGGUGCUGGAGAGCGACCUGUGCCGCCAGGAAUACACCAUCGCGCGCUCCAACCCUCUCAUCCUCAUGCGGCUGCAGCUGCCCAAGUGCGAGGCGCUGCCCCUGCCGGAGAGCCCGGACGCCGCCAACUGCAUGCGCAUCGGCAUCCCUGCGGAGAGGCUGGGCCGCUACCAUCAGUGCUACAAUGGUUCCGGCACGGAUUACCGGGGGACCGCCACCACCACCAAGUCCGGGCACCAGUGCCAGCCGUGGGCCCUGCAGCUCCCGCACAGCCACCACCUGAGCAGCACGGACUUCCCCGAGCUCGGAGGGGGCCACGCAUACUGCCGGAACCCCGGGGGGCAGAUGGAGGGCCCCUGGUGCUUCACGCAGAAUAAAAACGUACGCAUGGAACUGUGUGACGUACCCCCUUGUAGCCCCCAGGACAGCAGCAGGAUGGGAAUUCUGUACAUCCUGGUUCCCAGCAUCGCGAUUCCCCUGGUCAUCGCGUGCCUUUUCUUCCUGGUCUGCAUGUGUCGGAAUAAGCAGAAGGCCUCUGCGUCCACACCACAGCGGCGGCAGCUGAUGGCCUCUCCCAGCCAGGACGUGGAGAUGCCUCUCAUCAACCAGCAUAAACAGGCCAAGCUCAAGGAGAUCAGCCUGUCCUCGGUGAGGUUCAUGGAGGAGCUCGGGGAGGACCGGUUCGGGAAGGUCUACAAAGGCCACCUGUUCGGCCCGACGCCGGGGGAGCAGAGCCAGGCCGUGGCCAUCAAAACGCUGAAGGACAAAGCGGAGGGGCCGCUCCGGGAGGAGUUCCGGCACGAGGCCAUGCUGCGGGCGCGGCUGCAGCACCCCAACAUCGUGUGCCUGCUGGGCGUGGUGACCAAGGACCAGCCGCUCAGCAUGGUGUUCAGCUACUGCUCGCACGGGGACCUCCACGAGUUCCUGGUCAUGCGCUCGCCACACUCGGACGUGGGCAGCACCGACGACGACCGCACGGUGAAGUCCACCCUGGAGCCCCCCGACUUCGUGCACGUCGCGGCGCAGAUCGCCUCGGGCAUGGAGUACCUGUCCAGCCACCACGUGGUCCACAAGGACCUGGCCACCCGCAACGUGCUCGUGUACGACAAGCUGAGCGUGAAGAUCUCGGACCUGGGGCUGUUCCGCGAAGUGUAUUCGGCCGACUACUACAAGCUGAUGGGGAGCGCGCUCCUGCCCGUUCGCUGGAUGUCUCCCGAGGCCAUCGUGUACGGCAAGUUCUCCGUGGACUCGGACAUCUGGUCCUACGGCGUGGUCCUGUGGGAGGUGUUUAGCUACGGCCUGCAGCCCUACUGCGGGCACGCCAACCAGGACGUGGUGGAGAUGAUACGCAGCCGGCAGGUGCUGCCUUGCCCCGACGACUGCCCGGCCUGGGUGUACGCCCUGAUGCUCGAGUGCUGGAACGAGUUCCCCAGCCGGCGGCCCCGCUUCAAGGACAUCCACGGCCGGCUCCGGGCCUGGGGCAACCUGUCCGCCUACAACAGCUCGGCGCAGACCUCGGGGGCCAGCAAUGCCACGCAGACCAGCUCCCUGAGCACCAGCCCGGUCAGCAACGUCAGCAACGCCCGCUACGGGGGGCCCAAGCCGAAGGCCCAGCCCUUCCCGCAGCCCCCGUUCAUGCCCAUGAAGGGCCAGAUCAGGCCCAUGGUGCCCCCUCCCCAGCUCUACAUCCCCGUCAAUGGGUACCAGCCCGUGCCAGCCUACGGGGCCUACCUGCCCAACUUCUACCCGGUCCAGAUCCCGAUGCAGAUGGCCCCGCAGCAGGUGCCCGCCCAGGUGGUCCCCAAGCCUGGCUCCCACCACAGCGGCAGCGGCUCCACCAGCACGGGCUACGUCACCACCGCGCCCUCCAACACGUCCAUGGCGGACAGGGCGGCCCUGCUCUCCGAGGCCACCGAGGACACACAGAACACCCCGGAGGACGCGGCCCAGAGCCCUGUGCAGGAAGCCGAGGAGGAGGACGGCUCUGUCCCGGAGACCGAGCUGCUGGGGGACAAUGACACUCUGCAGAUGGGUGAGGCCGAGGGCCAGCUGGAAGCUUGAGGGGCACGGGGCCGCCGGGCACCCGGGGAGGCUUGGGCAACCCCCACCGGGCUGGUUUGCGGUGUCACCGUGCGAAAUCUGUUCCUCCGUCGUCCUCUUGUGCACAGAGCUGCCGCGGUGGCCACUCGUGGUUGGAGGGUGUGGGUGCUGGUGGCACCCAGCCGGGCGGGGGCGGGGGCCCGGGAAAAUGGGUGGCACCCACCUGCACGGCCUGCAUUCCCUGAGGUCAGACCGGCGGUGCUCUCUGCCCGUGCUCGGCGGGAACGUAGGUGGCAUCUUCCCUCCACGUUGGCAUAUGGAUCAAAUGCGAUGAAACUUUGGGAAAACAGGCCCCGGGGGGCGGCGAGGUGCGACCUCGGGCUUUGAGAUUCCCGGCGGCUGGCCUGUGUGAGGACGGGGGAGGCCUGCCUUCUCCCCGCCGCCCCCCGCCAGGGUCGGUCUCCCGCUUCAGCCACCCAGGAUCGGCGGGAACAGGACGCUGCCACCGACCAGCGUCCCACGAGCCCGGGGCUCCUGCAGUGGGAGUUCUGUGUGCCUUCAAUGAAAAUGUGCCUUAAAAAAGAGAAACCCACCGAUGGGAUCUUGUAUCUUUGUGAAAUGGUUUGAAUUCUCCCGCAUGUGUAUCUUGCCCGCUUUUCUGGAAAGCGUUUCUUGGGUUUGGAAACGCGAGGAGCGACGUCGUACAGAGCACGGUGUUGUUCUUUUGUGUCUUGAGAAUCAUGUACGGGCCCGAAAACUGUAACUUAUGUGGUUUCUGCACCAUUUCCCUUGACGUGUCGUGCGCUUUAGUAAUUUAACCGUUCGCGCCACCCGCGCCGGAAUGCCACCGGAUGUUGCUCGUGCGUUCGUUUGCUUGUGCUCCUGCCACGUGGAGGCGAGGUCCGCUCAUGUCCGAGCUGGCGGGACAGUGCCACUCCCGCAUCCCGGCGGCUCUCACUUGUAACUCCCAUACCUGGCGUAUCCAAUAAAGCGAAACAGAACUUUU